AUGAGCGCCGCAGCAACGAAUGGCAUGGCGCCGUUGAGCAGCCUGACAAACAGUCAGCGAGAAGAAUUGUGAGUAAAUGCGGUCAUGAAUGCGCUGCUUCUCCAUUCACUUCGCAAUCGCUUCAGCAGCGCUCAUCCUGCCGUUGGUGCUUUAUACUGCAGACACCAAUCCAUACUCGAGUACAUGCAUAGAUCUGGCUUCGAGGAUGCUUAUGAAGCGCUCAAGAAAGACGCCGAUAUGCCAGAUUUCUCUGCAAGCACAGCGCCUCCGAAAGUAGUGGGACUGCUCGAGAAAAAGUGGACCGGUACUGUGCGCUUGCAGAAGAAGGUGAGCGUGCUCUUUUGAGAGCUGAUGUGCAGCUCUCGUCCAGGCUAGGCCCGGUGGCUUGCUGCUGUCUGCUUGACUGAGCUUUCGGCGCCAGAUGGCAUAGCAGUACUGCAUGCUGAAAUAUUUGCGCUCUAAUGACAGGUCAUCGCGUACGAGCAGCAAAUCGCAAACCUGGAGGCUGAGCUCAAAGCGGCGCCGACCGGAAGGAGGGCAGCGUCUCAGGCGGACUGGCUCCCCUCAAACGACCCGUCCCGCAUCUUGGAGGGUCACAGGAAACAAGUCAUCAGCGUCGUCUUUCACCCUACUUUCUCCGUCGUUGCCACUGCUAGCGAGGACUGCGAUGUCAAAGUGUGGGACUGGCAGAGUGGGGAAUGUGAGGCGACUUUAAAAGGCCAUACGCAAUCAGUAAAGGAUGUGGAUUUCGAUGCAAAGGGACAGUUCCUGGGUGAGUGGACAGUGUUUAGACUCGUCGAUCGUAACUACAGACUGAAUUAAGAGCUCGAAAAUAGCUACAUCUUCUGCCGAUACACAGAUCAAGCUUUGGGACUCAAAUAACCAGUGGCGCUGUACGAAGACUUUGGCUGGGCACGAGCAUGUCGUCAGCGCAGUGCGAUUCUUGCCUGGCGGCGCGCAGCUCGUGAGCGCUAGUAGAGACGAGACGAUUCGAAUUUGGGAAGCUUCCAGCGGGUGAGCCUGGAUCGGCGUGUCUCAAAGCACUGCCACCUCACAUGGACUGAAUAGAUUGACCACUAUCGACAGGUACUGUGUGCGCACAAUCCAAGGAGGCGCUUGGAUUAAGUGCAUGUCCUUGGCUGAAGAUGGUCAGACGCUAGUCACAGGAGGUGACGAUCAAGUGGCGAAAGCUUGGAAUCUCACUAGCGCUCAGAGCAAGGCGGAGUGCAGGGAACACGCACAUGUAGUGGAUGCUAUCGCUCUUGCUCCUGCUGCCGCAUAUCCUGCCCUCAGACAGCUUGGGGGAAUGCCAGUGAGCUUCUGCACCCGCCUCGCACGCCCACUCGUCUGGCCUGACACGCUAUCCCUUUCAACGCUCCAGGCAAGCAAUCAGAACGCUCCUGGCUUGUUCGCUGCAUCCGGUGAUCGAGAUAAGACCAUCAUCAUUUGGGACACAGCUAGCGGUCAUCCGGUCAAAAAGCUGGUGAGGAAGCGCAUAGAGGUGGUAUAUUCGCCUACCGGACGCUGAGCGUCCAUCUCCCUCCUGUCUAGCUUGGCCAUGACGGGUGGAUCCGUGGAUUGUGCUGGGCACCAAAGUGAGUAGUUCCACCACCCUGGCGUACUGCACUCGUCUUUGUGCUCACGUCGCCGUGACACUCUCCGUCUCUUCUUCAGCGGCAAAUUCUUGCUUUCGUGUGCGGAUGAUGGCAAGCUGAAAGUGUGGGAUCUCAAGCAAGGAGGUCGAUGUUGCCGAACAGUAGAAAAUCCGCACGACGAGAAUGGGCGGUCUAGGUUUUGUGAGUCAGAAGCGAAAAGAGCAAGAUCUCAAGGUACCGACCCGCGCCGGGCGCACGUAACCUGAACGUGCCAUCUCAUCCACCUUCUGCACAGUGACGAGCAUGGCUUGGGCUCGGGCGAAAGUGGAUGCUGGACCGCGACCGGAUGGCGAAUCGGCCACUGCUGUUGUGCCGCGCAUCAAUGCGGUCGCCACGACUGGCUCAGAUACGAGGAUAUGUAUCUGGACUCCAUAG